CUCCAUACAGCGGAUACGAUAUCCGCACGUGACCUUAUCAGUCUCUGACCCGCUGAUUAAUCGAUGGGGAGAACUUUUUUUUAUCUGAAAAUUGCUCCCCCUCAUCGAGGAUUCAUCUCACCAUAAUUUUCGACGACGACAUAUUUCAAGAUGGAUAUUGAUACCCCGGUGCCUCUGGCGCCUCAGGAUGAGUCUGCCAGCGAGAUUCCCACCGUGCUUUGCUAUAACUGCGGGGCACCUCUAGUUGGAACGACGAUAUGUAACGACUGCAUGCGACUCCAGGUCGACAUCUCCCAAGGCAUUCAACGAGAAGCGGUCUUGAAUUUCUGCCGUGACUGCGAGCGCUGGCUCCUCCCCCCGAACUCCUGGAACGUCGCGGCCCUCGAGUCCCGCGAGCUGCUCGCGCUGUGCUUGAAGAAACUGAAAGGGUUGAAUAAGAUUCGUGUGAUCGAUGCAGGGUUCAUCUGGACGGAGCCGCACUCGCGGAGAGUCAAGGUCAAGCUCACGAUCCAGGACUCAGUCAACGACGGCGUCAUCCUGCAGCAGACAUUCGAGGUCGUAUAUAUCGUCAUGUACCAGCAGUGCCCGGAGUGCGCCAAGUCAUACACACCCAACACGUGGCGGGCGUCCGUCCAGGUCCGACAGCAGGUCCUGCACAAGCGAACAUUCCUUUACCUCGAACAGCUCAUCCUCAAGCACAGGGCGCAUCAGAACACGAUCAACAUCAAGGAGGCGAAGAACGGAAUCGAUUUCUUCUUCGCGCAGCGGAAUCACGCCGAAGGGUUCCUCGAUUUCCUUCACUCUGCUGUCCCCGUCGAGGUGACAAAGUCGCAACAGAUCAUCUCCGAGGAUAUCCACACAUCGACCAAGUCAUACAAGUUCACGUACUCGGCCAAGAUCGUGCCCGUGUGCAAGGACGACCUCGUCGCUCUCCCCAUCAAGCUCGCCAAGCAGCUCGGUAACAUCUCGCCACUCCUCCUGUGCACAAGGAUCGGCACCUCGAUCAGCUUCCUCGACCCCAACACCCUGCAGACCGCUGACCUGAACUCACGGAUAUACUGGCGCGCCCCUUUCACAUCCCUCGCGGACGCAAAGGAGCUCAUCGAAUUCAUCGUCCUCGACGUCGAACCCACCGGCCACUCGCGCGGCAAAUACUUCCUGUCCGAAGUCACCGUCGCGCGGGCCUCGGACUUCAGCGGCGACAAGCAAUAUUUCACACGAACGCACCUCGGAAGCAUCAUCCACCCGGGUGACUCGGUCCUCGGCUACAUGAUAACAGGCGCCAACUUCAACAACGCACAAUUCGACGAGAUGGAAUCAUCCAACGCAUACAGCUCGACAAUUCCCGACGUCGUCCUUGUCAAGAAAUUCUACCCCCGUCGCACAAAGCACACGAAGCGCAACUGGAAGCUCAAGCGCAUGGCUACAGAGCACGAUCCGUACCUGCUGCCCAACGACAAGGAGCGCGUCGAGCAAGACUUUGAGAUGUUCUUGCGGGAUGUCGAGGAGGACCAGGAGCUGCGGCAGACGCUGGCGCUGUAUAAGAAUAAGAAGAAGGAUGAUGCGAUGAGCGUGGCGGAAUCGGAUAUGAUGAACGAGGAUGACGAGGAAAUACCCAAGAUCAGCAUGGAUGAACUUCUGGAUGACUUUGAUGACCUUGAUAUUGAUGAUAAAAUGGAUGGGUGAGGGAAAGGCUACAUAGCUUGAUGAGGAUGAAUAAAAAGACGCCACGCAAGAUUUACGCUCUCAUAGAUUUGUUCACGUAUCCUGUAAGCGUACUUUCAGCUUGAG